UGAGAAUAUGGGAUAGGAGACAAGACUACAGGAAGCUGUUUCCUCCUCUUGUUCUUGGACAUUAGUCCAAAAGACCCCAAGGUGACUAUGAGAGAGCAAUUUGCACAUGAGAAUUUGUUUGGGCAUGUUCUGCUGCGGAUUACACACACCGCUAAUGAAUCUUGAGGUUCUUGGCACUGCAAACCCCUCCACCAAACACCUUUUAGUCGCCUUCUGCAAACUCGAAAUUACGGUUUCACCCUCCUGCUUCACUGCUUAAAACCACCACUAUUUGCACUGCAGCCUUCACCGCACAAGAAAGAAGCAUCCAUCCGCAGCUUGCUGUGAGGAGCUCAACUGCUUCCGUAGGAAGUAGGUUCUUCUACGAUCCAGAAACGCUUUAAGGUUUGACUGCCAAACAUAGAACAUAAUAGAAUUACAAAGUUGAUGGCAACUAUCUCUGCUUCAAGCUUUGCCUCCACAAGUUCCCAUGUCAGCUAUGGCGCUGUGUCGUCCGGAUCAGACCCGAAAACCGGAUUUAAGAAAAUGUGUUUUGGAAAACAGACCCUGACUCACAAUGGGUUGAGAGCUUUGAACUCGGUGGACGAGCUCCGAGUCAGAAUCAUGGCCAACUCAGUUGCAAGGCAAACGAGGGGCAAAACCGUCAACAGCACUAGGAAAUCUUCAGGAGUCAUUGUUUGUGGUAGUGGGAUGAAUUUGGUUUUUCUGGGAACUGAGGUUGGUCCAUGGAGUAAAACUGGUGGACUCGGUGAUGUUCUUGGGGGCCUCCCACCGGCUAUGGCUGCAAAUGGGCAUCGAGUGAUGACGAUUUCUCCACGUUAUGAUCAGUACAAAGAUGCAUGGGAUACCGAAGUCACAGUUGAGCUUAAAGUGGGAGAUAAUACCGAAACAGUUCGAUUUUUUCACUGCUACAAACGAGGAGUUGAUCGUGUUUUCGUGGAUCACUCGCUGUUUCUCGAGAAGGUAUGGGGGAAAACUGCAUCCAAAAUUUAUGGUCCGACUGCUGGAGUCGAUUUCAAGGACAACCAACUUAGGUUCAGCCUUCUAUGCCAGGCAGCUCUAGUAGCACCAAGACUGCUGAAUUUAAACAGCAGCAAAUAUUUUUCUGGACCAUAUGGGGAAGAAGUUGUUUUCGUUGCCAACGAUUGGCAUACUGCCCUGCUUCCGUGCUACCUGAAAGCCAUAUACAAACCUAAAGGCAUAUACAAGACCGCCAAAGUAGCCUUUUGCAUUCACAACAUUGCUUACCAAGGCAGAUUUGCUUUCGCGGACUUCGCACUCCUCAAUCUGCCCAAUGAAUUCAAGAGCUCGUUUGAUUUCAUUGACGGGUAUGACAAACCCGUGAAGGGGAGGAAAAUUAACUGGAUGAAAGCCGGAAUCUUGGAAUCAGACAAGGUCUUGACCGUUAGCCCAUACUACGCUGAAGAACUUGUUUCUUCAGUUGAGAAAGGAGUCGAAUUGGAUAACAUUAUUCGGAAAACUGGAAUUCAAGGAAUUGUGAAUGGCAUGGACGUCCAGGAAUGGAAUCCCUUAACUGACAAGUAUACAACUGUCAAAUAUGAUGCUUCAACUGUGGCUGAUGCAAAGCCUCUUUUGAAAGAAGCCCUCCAAGCAGAAGUCGGACUGCCGGUGGAUAGAGACAUCCCUGUCAUAGGUUUCAUUGGUAGGCUUGAAGAGCAGAAGGGUUCGGACAUUCUCAUAGAAGCCAUUCCCCAUUUUAUCAAAGAGAAUGUUCAGAUUAUAGUCCUCGGGACUGGCAAAAAGCCAAUGGAGAAGCAGCUUGAACAGCUGGAAACGGAAUACCCAGACAAAGCCAGAGGAAUAGCGAAAUUCAAUGUCCCUCUGGCCCAUAUGAUCACGGCAGGAGCUGAUUUCAUGUUGGUUCCAAGCAGAUUCGAGCCAUGUGGUCUCAUCCAGUUGCACGCCAUGCGUUAUGGAACUGUGCCCAUUGUUGCGUCAACAGGCGGGUUGGUAGACACUGUUAAAGAAGGAUUCACUGGAUUUCAUAUGGGAGCCUUCAAUGUGGAAUGCGAAGUUGUUGAUCCAGCGGAUGUACAAGCAAUCGCUACAACCGUCUCAAGAGCCCUCGGAACUUAUGGAACUCCAGCUUUUACUGAGAUCAUAAGUAACUGCAUGGCUCAAGAUCUCUCGUGGAAGGGACCUGCUAAGAAGUGGGAGGAAGUGCUGCUGAGUUUGGGUGUCGCCAACAGCAAACCUGGGAUUGAGGGUGAGGAAAUUGCACCGCUCGCAAAGGAAAAUGUCGCAACGCCAUGAGAAACAUGAGUUAACGAGCAGCUGAUCGGUUUUGUUAAGAAACACAGAAGAAAUCUGCUGCGCGCCCUAACUGACCGUCUUGUGUGCAGUAUAUUUACAAGCAACACAAUGCGUGAGGGCAUAUAUUUAGCAAUUUGCGUAUCAUAGGACACCCGUGGUGGGCCGUACCGGCUACAGAUCUAACGAAACCAAUUGCAGAUUUGUAUUCGAUUUUC